CACAGGACUCCUCUAAAUGAUGAGGGGAAAUUGCUUAACAUGAACCAAGACGCUACCAUUCAAAUGAGCACCAUCGGCAGAUGAUUUGCUGAGGAUUUUUUCAGAUUAGUGAUGGUGGAAAACGAUGGUUGUAAUUCUUGUUUGACUGCACUUGGGGUUCUGCGAGUUUCCCUCGUUGACAAACUGGAAGGACGGAUUGACUCUCUGCUGGAGAUCUUACUAUGUCGAGAAGUGUUCACUCGUGAUGACCGUGAGGAGGUGUUGUGUCAGUUGGGGUCUCGGGCCAGAGUGAGAAAGGUGUUGGAUAUCCUGACAUGUAAAGGUGAGGAAGCAGCUAAGGUUUUUCUCUCAAUCAGCAGUCAUCAGCAAGAGGCACAGACACACUCCCAUGAAGGCAACACAGAUCAGCCUCAGUCCGUAGAGUAUAACAAAGUCAAACAAAAGCAUAAAGAUGUCCUCACCCGCCGCAGUGAGAGCAUGCUCUUCUACAACACCCGUCACGGAGAGAAAAUUCUUUUUUCCGAACACUAUGUCAAUCUGUUGCUGGCCGACGGACACCAGGGCUUAGAGAUUAAAAGACACGAGGUGCUGACGUUUGGACAGAAGCGGCUAUCUAUGCAGCAGAAGUCAGCGGUGCAAAGGAAAAUCGCACCAGCCGAACUCUUUUCAAAAGCAAAUGGCAACCGUCCAGUCAAGAAGGUGCUGGUGUCGGGGGUGGCCGGCAUCGGAAAAACCAUCCUGGUGCAGAAAAUGCUGUUCGAUUUUGGUGGAAACCGGGACCAUCUCGGAUUUCACUUCAUCGUCCACAUGACCUUCAGAGACCUGAAUCUGAUCGACAAACCGACAAACUUCCGGGAGCUGGUCUUGCGUAAAAACCGGCACCUUGCUAAGGAACUGGACAACAUUUUAGCGAAUGACGACAAACUGCUGAUCAUCUUAGACGGCUUUGAUGAGUUCAGACACUACAGGAGCUGCGAUGUAGACGCAUUUGUGACUCAGCCAGAUGAAGAUGCAGAGGUGGUGGAGGUCUUCGGCAGUCUGAUGCAAGGUGAACUGCUUCCCAACGCUUCUGUCAUGCUCACAAGUCGCCCAGCAGCCAUUAACUACAUCCCCGUGGGCUGUAUCGACCGCUUUGUGCUCAUCGCUGGCUUCUCCUUGACCGAAGUUCAAGACUUCUUUGUCCGUUAUUUCCAGGACAGCACAAUUGCUGAGCGCAUGUUCGAGGUGGUGUCAGCGAAUGAGCUAAUGCUGACACUGUGCUACAUACCUGCAUUUUGCUACAUUGUGUGCUGCAUCCUCAAAGAAAGCGAAGACCUCUGUGGAGAGAGCCCCAAGACCAUGACGGACAUUUAUGUGCAGUACCUGGUGGCCUUGCUUCGCUCUCACACUCAAGCGAGAGCCGAAACCUUUCGCCAAGAGCAAGAAGCAGGGACCGUCCAGCCGCUGUCCGAUAUCGUGCUGAGGCUGGGACGCCUGGCCUUCCAAAAGCUGAUGGAGCAUCAAACUCUCUUCUACGGCAGCGACCGAGACGUUGCAGCGUUAGAGGGAUGCAGCCUUGUUAGUACCUUUCUCGACAAGACAGUGGCACAAGAGCCUGGCUGCACUGAGGAGGUUUACUCCUUUGCGCACCUUACUGUUCAAGAGUUCUUUGCUGCAGUUUAUUGUGCAAUGACGGAUCACCCUUUACCUGAUGCACUUCAGCACAGUGCAGGUCUUGCAGAGGGGUCCAACAACGGACAUUUGGACCUCUUCAACCGCUUCCUUUCUGGAAUCCUCUCUGAACGCAAUGCUAAUCUCCUAUCGAGGCAGGUAGGGCUGUGUUGCCAUAAGGACAAAGUGGACGACUAUCGUCAGAGGAUCAUCGGAGAGCUUACAAUGCACUGUGAAAGCGGGACCCAUAUCCUCAACCAUUUACACUGCCUGUUUGAGCAACAGGACCCGUCUCUGGCCCUCGCUGUGCAACCAGAGAGGCUGCAAGUGAAUGUCAGUGAUGAAACACUUUCUCAAAUGGAUUACAAUGCCAUCAAGUACUUCCUGAACCUCACAAAGGGCCAGAUAGCAGAGCUGGAUUUGACAGGGACAGGAGUAAGCCGUGAGGCACUUAGAGACAUUCAGCACCUGCUGCUCAGAUGUAACAGACUUUGGCUUGGAGAAAACAAAAUCGAUAUAAAAACAGCUCAAGUCAUUGCGGAUGUGCUGCAAGUGUCAGAAAGUAUAACCCACCUCGGUCUUGGAUGGUCAGACAUCGGUGAUGAUGAACUGCUGACUCUUUCUAGUGCCAUUCGGGUGAAAAAAAACCUUCAAGAGCUGUGGUAAGAGUCACGAUAUGCCACAUUAUCAUAUUUUUGGGGAAAUGAAAGUCUUUCCAGAAUUGUGCUUGU